AAGCUUUGUCUUUUGAUCUUUUCAAGUGAUAAAAACUUCUUUUAAUGUAUAAUAUAGCCUGCGAACAAAAUUUUAGAAAUCUUUAAAAAAAAAAAGAAAACCCUACAACUUUUUUUUGCGUUGUUUUUGGUGCAGGCCAGUGAACAUUUGUGUGUGCUCCUCUGUAAAUCUUUUUUAUUAUAAAAGGGGUUAUUACGAGCGGCGCACUUAUCUCUGUACAGAUACAAAUAUCUGUUGUUAAAAUCUCGGAACUUCCCUUACUUUACAUUUAUAUAGAUAAAUUUCCCAGUUUAAUAUAAAAAACACAUCAAAAUGUCAACAGUCGAUAAAGAGGAAUUGGUCCAAAAGGCUAAACUUGCCGAACAAUCCGAAAGGUAUGAUGACAUGGCUCAAGCUAUGAAAUCGGUCACAGAAACAGGAGUUGAACUUUCUAAUGAAGAGAGAAACCUUCUUUCAGUUGCAUACAAAAAUGUCGUUGGUGCCCGCAGAUCAUCUUGGAGAGUAAUUUCCUCAAUUGAACAAAAAACGGAAGCAUCUGCCAGAAAACAACAGCUCGCCCGAGAAUACAGAGAGCGUGUGGAAAAAGAACUUAGGGAAAUUUGUUACGAAGUUUUGGGUCUUUUAGAUAAAUAUCUCAUCCCCAAAGCCAGCAAUCCAGAAAGUAAGGUAUUCUACCUAAAAAUGAAGGGAGAUUAUUACAGGUAUUUAGCUGAAGUGGCUACAGGAGACGCGCGCAACACCGUGGUAGAUGACUCCCAAACUGCUUACCAGGAUGCAUUUGAAAUUAGCAAGGGUAAAAUGCAACCAACACAUCCAAUCAGAUUGGGUCUUGCACUCAAUUUCUCAGUCUUCUAUUAUGAGAUUCUUAAUUCUCCAGACAAAGCUUGCCAAUUGGCCAAACAGGCGUUCGAUGACGCGAUAGCUGAGCUAGACACUCUUAAUGAAGAUUCAUACAAAGACUCAACACUUAUCAUGCAACUGUUGAGAGACAACCUCACUUUAUGGACAUCGGACACGCAAGGGGAUGCUGAUGAACCACAGGAAGGUGGUGACAACUAACCAAACUAAAUGUUCCCUUUUGACUAUGCAAAUAUAAUAAUAAAACAAACAAUUAAAAUACAAAAUAAAAACAAACAAAAUCAUAAAAAAAAUAUAAGAAGGAAACAAAAAAAAAACAAAAACAAAAUUCAAAAAAAGAUAAAAUCUUUGAAGGAAAUACAGCAAAAUGGCACUAACAGCAAACCAAAAAUUAAUAGAAAAGAGACAGAAAAAACGGUUUCUUUCUCCUUUCUGUUAGUUCUAUUUGCAGAAAAAUUAAAUGUCAGUGAAACAAUUAAUUGUCAAAAAAAAACUUAUCUGUUGAAAUAGCGCUUUAUUUAUUAUUUUUUUAAUAAAUAUUUUGUUUGUUUUUUAACUAUAAA